AUGAAAACUUGUAGUGAUAAUUGUAAAUGUGAACUAGAAAGGAAGUACGGCCCAGAAGUUAAUCAACAGCAACAAAAACAGGAGGUGAAAGUUGAAAAGAAACCUCGAUCAAGAAUGUAUCGCUUCCUUGCUAGAUUGUGUCCUUGUGCUUGUGGUGAGGAUGAAGAGUAUCGUACUGGAUUAUUAACUGAUGACAUGUAUUCUCCAGCUCAACAAAUUCGACCACAUCGAUUUUCUGAAACAAAUAAUACAUCUAAUUCUGAUAGUAGUAGAAGGACAAUAUCACAAAAUAGUUCAAGUAUUGUUAAUAGGGGUUCAGCAAAUUCCCAUACUCCUAUCAGUCAACAAUUUAGAAUGCCUGUUAGAGAAGUUGAUCCUGAGGAUGAAGAGUAUCAAAUUCAACAAGUUUUGUUACGAGCUCGUGAGAAUAUAUUAACAUCAGAUGAUUUUGCCUAUGGAAUAGAUCAGAUGCCAGAUUUUGAAAAUAAAAUGCAACUAUAUAAAGAAGAGAUAAAUAAAUAUGAAUCAAGGACACGUCGUAAUGGAAAAGAAAAUUUAAAACCACCACAAAUUCUUUUGGAGGAGGAUGAUAAUUACAUUGAGCUUCUCAAAAAUAUAACAAAAAUAGGAUCAGAGGAAUCUAAUAAAAUUAAUGGGAUGUUACAAAAAUUUAACUCUUCUUUUAGGACAAUGAAUACCAUUAAUUUUGAAGAACCUUUAGUUGUUCAUAUGAAACUUUAA